AUGCUUUUGUCUGAAUGCAUUUUGCUUUCUGCAAUGUCCAUUUGUUCAUCAUCCAUGGAAUUGACCGCAAAAUAUUGCUGGGCUCAACUUCAAUUGUUUCUUCCGAUAUCUAUAUCACGAGCACUUCAGCCUUCAGCUACUCUUAAGGAUGUGAUUGUUGUUGUUAUGGGGGGUUUUUUUGGUGGAAAAUUUGUGGCUGGUAAUCAUUCAUCUUCCAUGACAGAGAUCACUAUGUUCAAAUGUGUUUGUGUUGUAGGUCAUCUUGCUUUUGCACCUUGCAUUAAAGUAAGUGAUUCGGAUGAAGAUGCCAUUGGUAGUCCUGGAAUAUUGACUAUGGUGCCAUCUUUCUUGAUUGGAGAGGUAGUUUUCUGGGAUGCUUCGUGUUUGUACAAAUAA